CAGCGACGAUGCGGUAAUUGCAGGAACAACGUCACGUGUCAUCGCAAUACCGGUGUCUGUGACGUAAGUUGCGCAGACGGGGUGCACAUUCCGUACAACGAAAAACAAAUGUGCGACAAAGAGUGUCGCGACGGAACAUACGGCUUUAACUGUACAUCGCAGUGCGACUCAGAUAAAUGCUCCGGAAGUGACGUUUGUGACAAAGAGUCUGGUGCCUGUCUCCAGGGAUGCCUGUAUCCCGGCUUUAUGGAGCCGGACUGUACGGAAAUCUGUCUUGACGGCACGUACGGUACUGCGUGCUCCCGUGUGUGCGGACUGUGCGCCGAUGACCAGCCAUGUAACAAGACCACCGGCGUCUGUCCGUUCGGCUGUGCGGAAGGAUUCUUAGGGGAUCUUUGUGACACAAAAGAUACGGCUCUGGCAGGAGUCAGCGUGGCUCUGUUGAUUAUAGGUGUUCUCUUCUUGGUGGCCGGUCUAAUGGGACUCGCCUUCGGACUUUGGGUGUACAAGAAGGGCACUUUACCAUGGGCAGGUGUUCAGAUACGAUUGAAAGAAAAACGAAUUCGGAAAGAAAAACAACGCAACUUCUCCGUCGUAUCGCAAGUGUAUGAGAACAACAUCAACUCUGGCGAGACGGACUUGAAACUGAAGCGCAAAAACUCGAGCCAAGGCCACGAGAUCCCCAAGACACAGCCCCGGGGCAUGCUGGCCGUGAAAGACUUCUGGGAAUUUACACAGGACAUCAAGAGCAAGAGACAAGAGCUCAUCCAGCAAUUCAAGGAUUUGCCCCUUGGUUUAACGCACCCAUGUGAAACUGCAAAAAAGGCACAGAACCUGAGAAAGAACCGGUAUAAGGAGAUCUUCGCUUACGACCACAGCCGCGUGAAGCUCGACGCCUGGGAGGGAGAUCCUGGUAAUGACUACACAAAUGCCUGCUACAUCAAUGGCUACAACAAGCCACACAUGUACAUUGCGUCGCAAGGUCCAACUGAGGAGUUUGUUGGCGAUUUCUGGCGGAUGAUUUGGCAAAAGAAGUGCAGUAAAAUAAUCAUGUUGACCCGUCUCGUUGAGCACAACAAGGUGAAAUGUUGCCAAUAUUGGCCGGAUGACGGUCAAAAGAUGUAUGGCGCUGUCACUGUGGAGGUCAAGGACACUGACACGUUUUCUGACUACACUAUUCGGACAUUCGUUGUAUCGGCCCAGGGGGCGGAGAGUCGGCUCGUGAAGCACUUCCACCUGGAGAGUUGGUCGGACCGCCACGUGCCCGAGUACCCGUCAUCCGUAAUCCACUUUUUUAACAUGAUACGACACGCGGACAUCAAGGAAAACAACGUGCCCAUUCUCGUGCACUGCAGCGCGGGUAUUGGAAGAACGGGCACGUUUUUGGGUCUGGAUUAUCUCCUAGACCAGGCCAACGCGGAGGGAUACAUCAACGUGUUCCAGUGCGUGCAAAACCUACGUUCUCAGCGUGUAAACAUGGUACAAAAUCAGGACCAGUACGUUUUCUUGCACGAAGCAGUGGCCGAGGCGCUAUUCUGCCCUAGCAUAGCGAUUCACAGCGAGAGGUUUCCGUACCAUUACAAAAGCAUGCUGGAACUCGAGCCGGGUUCCAAAACGUCGAAAUUGGAACAUGAGUUCGGGAAAUUACAGCACGUGACAAAGUAUCACGAAAGUUUGAAGACGAGCUUUUACGAGAGCGAGGAAUACAUCGCAGCGAAAAGCAUGGAGAACGCGGAAAAGAAUCGAACCCGUAACAUCCUGCCCAAUGACAGCCACAGGCCGUUCCUCAGCACGAGGGUAGAAGGCACGAACGACUACAUCAACGCUGUAUUCCUCUCGUCGUAUCGCAAUCCGAAGUGUUUCCUUGUGACCCAGAACCCCCUGUCGGACACUAUCGUGGACUUCUGGCGCAUGGUGUACGAGUACAAGGUGUGCACGAUCAUCACUCUGGACAGGAUAACCAAGCCGUCGGAGAUCUACUGGCCGGUGGAGAGCGAGACAAUCACAUACAUCCCUUUUCAGCUACAGCACGUGACCGAUGUGGACCACGUGACCCACAUUGAGCGGACCAUAAAACUGACCAACGCAGGAGAGCCGAAGGAGAAGGCCUUACUGAUCAAGCAGUACGAGUGUCGGUUCUGGAGGUCCGAUUCGCAGGUGCCCGUCUCAGGGGAGGGCGCCUUGCUGGCGGUCUACGAGCAGGCGCAGAAGUGGCAAGCCGUUAAUGGCAGCCCGCCAAUAGUGGCGCACUGUUUGAACGGUUCGUCCAAGAGUGGUCUAUUUUGUGUCGUCACGGCAACCAUAGACCGCCUCAAACACGAGCGGGAAGUGACCUUGCAGCACACACUGAAACAGAUGCGCGUCAACAGACAUCAGAUCAUUCCCACAUACGAGCAGUACAGAUACUGCCAUGACGUCAUUAUGGAGUAUAUGCGUUUGAUAGACCCGUGUAUUGGAUUCGGUAUUUAAAGAGAGCGAUCACAACUGGAUCAUUGUCGAAGUUAUUAUGCCUUUGUUUGGACUUGAUUAUUUUGUGUACAUUCUCUGUCAUUCCCUACAAUCAUUAGCUCGUACAUGAGUCCGAGCAUUUAGUACUCAUGACCUCGUUAUUAUUAUUUUGUUAUAAGUGUUCAUUCAUUACUCGAAACAUUAUUUAUAAGUAAACGUAUACAACUGUAAAACAAUGUGUAAACAUGAAAAUCUCUAUCGAUGUAUGUGGGUGGCAAACAUGGUAAGUUUCCUGACGUGCCUUCAGGUAGUUUUUGGUACAAACAAGUUUUUAUGAAAAUCGUUGUCAUUUGCUCGAGUAUCUUCAGACAAUUUGUGUUACAAACCAAAUGUUAUGAAAAAGUAGCUUUUUCAAACUAACUAGCGAUUUUAUAUCACGUCAUAUUUGUAAAACAGACGAGUACAUACACUCUGCUGAAAUUCAUUUGUAACUUACAUAAUCAUGUGUCCGACAUUAAUGCAAACCAUCGAUCUUGCAUGCUCUACUUGUACGGUUAUUGUACUUAAAAUGUAAAAAUGUUAAAAAGGUCAGCCUAUAAAAUAACCAUGGGUCAUAUCAAGUUAACUAAAUAUUAUAUGUUUUGUUAGCAGCACUUUUCCUAUCAAAACGCUUUGUCUUUAAAUCAGUUAAAAUUAGUAACUAUGUGUUAAAAUGUGUUUUCGUAUGCUUUGUUGAUGCAUGGCGUAUUGUUACUAUUGUACGUUUUUAAUGAACCGACUUUUUGCCUUUUUGAUAAACUGUACACUACAA